UAAACGAUAAAUUUAAAAAUUAAAUAUAAAUUUUAAAAUUAAUAAUAACGGUAGGUUGUUAUAUUAUUAUAUUCAUCAAUUAUCAUGAUUAUUAUAUUGUUAAGUUCCUGUAUAGAUAUUUGCUAAGUCAUUGAUAAAUUUUUCCCGUAGAUAUUUUCUAUCUCGUUGACGAAUUUUUAGAUAUCUACUAAAUUAUUUGCAAAUUUUAAUUGUAGACACUAAUUAAAUUAUUAACGAAUUUCAAUUUUAGAUAUAAACGAACAGUCAGGUAUGAACUUUUCCAGUAAAUACCUAGUAAGUCGAUGACAAAUUUUUUCAAUAGAUACUUAUUAAGCCAUUGACGAGCUUUUUCUGUACAUACUUAUAAAGUCAUUGACGAACUUUUUCUGUACAUACCUAUAAAGUCAUUGACGAACUUUUUCUGUACAUACCUAUUAAGUCAAAUGAAUUAUAUAUGAUUUUGUAUAACAGCAUAAGUAAAUUAUUGAUAAAUUCUUCUUUAGAUAUAUCAAGGAAGUUAGACAUAAUCUAUUAUAUGGCAGUAAAUAAAAUUCAUUGAUGAAAUUAAACACAUGUUGAUAAAUUGUUAAAAAAUAAGUAGGGCAGCGAUAAUAUAUGGCUUUAAAAUUAAAUAAAAUUUAUGAUAAAAAAUAAAUUGGUGAAAAUAAAAAUAUUAAUAACGUUAAAAGUAUUGUUGAAAACGUGACAAAAUAAAACAAUUUUAUAACGCUGUCACUUAUAAAAAGGUUCUUAUCCAAAUGGGCACGAUCCUGAAGAAUGGAGGUCGAGGGUUGAAGGUCGAAGGAAGCGUAGGGGUGAGUUUAGUUACGACGUUCCUUCAGAGUGUAAUCCAUAGUGAAGGCCAUGACAUGUGUUGGCGGCGGGGGCGACGACGCAACUACUACAAAUAGGCCGUAGCUUCGUCGAAAGCAUCUAUCCAUGCGAGCGGACCAGUCGCGUGCUCCUUCCUUACCAGGGGUGUGUUGAAUGGUCACGUGGAUAUGGCAGGGGAAUAUUUUGAGACGACGUAUGUACCGGAAAUCAAGGAUGCCGAGAGCAAAGAGCGAGAAAGACAACUCGUUCAAGAGGGCACGGCUAUGUGGAAGCACCAGAAGGAGGAGUUUCUACGUCAAAAACAUCGAGAACAACGAGAAUUGCGAGAGAUUCUGGAGAACUACUCGCCUUGGGGUAAACCAGGCGGUGGCGCUCCGUGCCCAGCAACCUUAAGAAAGAAAAAUGUUCUUUUGGAGCCAUUGGAACCCAUCAAGAAUCAUAUGGCUGGUCAGGGAUGGACUAGUGAUUCGACGAUCCAGAGGCUUUUUCAUACAAGGGACAUCGAUCCUCUGACUAUUCCAGACAUGAAUAAAUUUUUCGAUUCGAAUGUGGAACUGGAUAUCGAAUCGCAUUUACAAUCGUCAAGGGAUACAAGAAGUCUCUACAACGAGGAAGUCCAGGUGUAUAAGCUUACUGGUGGUGUAGAAUUAGUGCCGUUGUUAACUAGUAGACGUUAUCAUUCACAACCGCAGACUGUUCGCUAUCAUGUGACUGACAUUACUCGGCCAGGAUAUACAAUAGAAUCCCUGCGUUCACUCGAAAUUUCUAACAGAAAAUACAUCGCAGAGCUUGCUGAACAGAUACGAUGGAAACAAGAUAAAGCAUGCGAGGAACGUCGUGCGGAACAAGAAAGCUGCAGACGACAUUUUGAUACCUGGCGAAAGCUCUGGGGUAGACCGGGUCACGGUGCACCCAUAGAUCAUGUUCACAGAAACAAUCUUUAUAAUAUUCUUUAUCGUCCAGUUAUCUAUUGAAUUUCUACGCAACGUGCCUCGUGACUUGGAAACUUAUAAACGAAAUUGGAUACCAAUGGUAUUAAAAAACUUUCACUGUUAUCUUCGUUAAUAUUUCAAUCCACUUUUGUAGAUAUUAUCGAAUUAGAUCUGAGAGAUCCAAAAUAACGAAAGGAAAAAACAAAUAAAAGAGAAUUGCAUAUCUUGCCGAAGAACAGUUACGAAUCGAUAAACAUUUUGAAGAUUAGAUUUUUCUCGUAUCAUUACGAUGGAUCUUAGAGAAAUAAGAUAAAUCUGAAAAAGAUUCUUUGUUAUCGUUUAUAUCAUGGUGAAUUGCCCGGAGAUGAAAAAGCGACAAGUUUGUCAGCAGCCUAUUAAAUUUUAUGAAAGUCUGUCGCUAGGAGCUACGAAGAGACGUUUGAUAUACCUGCACCGUGGGACGUAGAUCGCGAUUGACCAGACCUCAAAGGAGCAAUCUCGAGAGGGGAUGCAGCUCGAUCGACGGGUAUUAAAUUUCAUGAACGCCAAGGAACGAUCAUUUGAAUAUAUGUAUGGCCAGGGUUAGAAAGUGCCCUUAGUCGUUGUUGUCAAAAGAAACUGCGUCCAUGUUCGAAGGUGGAAUUUUAAGUUCUCUAAGAAUUCUUCUUGUCGCGUAGAAGAAUAUAUCCGAUCAUAAAAUUAAAAUUUUAUUUUAAGUAGUGAUCCUUGUUACAGAAAAGAACAUUUUGUGACAUUGGAAAUUUUACAUAAAGGGAACAAUGCGAGCAUAUAAAUUAACAAAGUUUGAGCGAUUACUUUUUAAAUAAUAUUCAAAUACGAUAGAUAUCGCUAGAAAUUGACAUUUUUUCGAUAAUUAAUAGUUUCAUGUUGGUCGCUUGUACUCGAUUCACUCGAUAUAUGUUAAUUAACAUGGACGUUAGACCGAGAACGACAGAAAGUUGUCUUACUAAUAGAGUCAUAAUUUAAUUGGGCUAACUUCAAGCGAUAUGAUUCUCGGUUUGUACCUUCAAAGGGUCAAGUACCUUUCUAUUUUUUCUCCCUUCUCCCUAGUAAAGAGAAACAACGAAUCCUUUUCUCUUUCCUGUUUUGCUAGAAAAGCGACUCCUGGUAACCUCACACAUUCUCUGUAGUCUCACAUUUCCCCCGCCUUUAUUCCCCUACAGACCUACUCUCACUCUCUUCUCCCCCUCUUUUCCCUUUCCUCAUUCAGUGGUAGCGCGUUGUGCAGUUAUACGAGCAACUACUGUGUUUUCCCUAUUGUCUGACUAUUGUGUACCCGUUACCACUAUGCGUCGGACCGUUUGUAUAAAGGGUGAUUCAUUUUCAGCGAAAUAUCAGUUCCUGCGCCUCAUGAAUUUCAACUCUCGCAAGCGCGUAAAACCACGCGUCCUGUAUAUUUAUCUCUCUUGCUACGCGUAUAUCCCUCUUAUUCUCUCUCUUCCGUAUCCAUUUCCCGUUACGUCUUCCGUUCUCUCUCCCUAUCACGUUACACCUCUAUCUUCCUUUACUAUCUAUGCGUUUUCUAGCGAGAUGACGUUAGCCCGAUUACUGCCCAGCGCGUGGUUUUGUGCAAGCGAGAAUCACCGGACCUCGUUACACACUUUUCCUUCCUUUUUCCAUCCUAAAUAAUUCUCUUAUCACAAUUAUUGUGAACGGAUGAAUCGUAAACCGCAUUUAAAUUUCUCGGUUCUUGCUCUGAAGCAUAGAUAACGAGUGAUAUUGGUAUUUAAUAGAUUAGAUGCGUAUUAGAUUCUUUAUUAUAAUAGAUAAGCAGGAUCAUACUGACGAAAAGUCGUACACAACGAAUAAAUAUAUAUUAUGAUUAUAUUUCAAGAUUUUAUUCAUUAGAAAUAUACUUGUAAUCUUUACAAUAAUAUGAUUACGACGAACGAUCCUCGUUUGCGAUGAUUCAAUCGAAUGUAAAAUUUUAAACAAGAGGAUCGAUUUAUAAUGUAGAUUUGAAAGGGAGGAUGGACGGAUAAGAAAAAUUUGCGAAUCUCGAGAGUUGCAAAUCGAUAUCAGAAAUCCUCUAGAACAUCCGCGCCCACCGAAGGAAUAAUAUUUGUUCGCGAUUCCAUCGUGAUGUACGUGACGUGAUAGUAGAUGGUCUAUAUGGAUAUACCUUCAUUUACGUAUGUAUGCGUGCAUGACGUGGAACUCAUAUUCGUUCUUUCUCACGGAGUUUUCGUUCGGCUAGACAACGAAGGAUAGUAUGGCAAAUUUGAAUUUCGAUAUGCUGCGACGACUUCUCUUUUUCCAAGAUUUUUUUAUGCAGAUCUUUAUCAAAUCUUCACAAUAUUGAAACAGGAUUGGAAAGUUAUUUUGUCGAUUUCUUUAUUCUGCCAUAUGUAUGUACUAUUUCAAUAAUUAAAAUAAUAAUAUCUAAUACAUAAAACACUUAGAAAUAUGUUUAGCUAAAUAAGAAAUAGUAAAUAUCAACGUUAUUGUCAUUAUCGAUUUCAACGAGAAAAUUUUUCGAUAUCUUAUUUAAUCUAGUUGCUUUUGCAAAUAAAAGAAUCAAAACCAUUUCUCAUCAAUAAGGAAUGAAGCGAGAGAUGCUCUGUGAACGUUUACUGUUCAUGCGUGACUGAGAGGUAUUCAUUCUAUAUAGUAAAAAAACGUGAUCGUUUCGGGUCUCAAUAGUAGCAAUGUGUACCGAGUCGAAGAGGAACACAGAGAAGAGAAAGAGAGAUGGAUAUAGAGAAGCGAAAAAUGCGAAAUCUUGUUAUCGCGGUGACUCGAACGACGAGCUAUUCAUCAAGCGUAUCAUUUCCACAUAGCUCGGCCGCGGUGCAGUGAUGAAUGCGCGCUCGUAAUUAGAAUUUUUUUCGGUAUAUACAGGGUGUAUAUAAAUUAUAAGUACAAGCCUUAUGGGUAGAUAGAAAUCAUUGAAAAAGAAACACAAAUGUUUAAUUAUAAAUAUGUUUUUAAAUCAAUCGUUUCAAAGAUAUGUAAUUAUUUUGUACGAUUACAUGUGCUAUAAAUAACAUAAAAAUGAAUUUGUUCGAAUGUAUCAUUGUUAAAUAUUUACUUAUGAGUUUUUAUCAAAUUAAAAUUUUCUGAUACGUUUAUAUUUUUAAUGAAUUAUAUCCAAUUACAACGUUUGUACCUACAUUUCAUGUACACCUUGUAUGUACAUAUAAGUGUAUUGAGGCGCUAUACUCUGUGAAAAAAGUGAGAAUGGAAGAGAGAGAGAGAGAGUGAGAGAGAGAGAGAGAGAGAGAGAGAGAAAGAGAGAGAGAGAGAGAGAGAGAGAGAAAGAGAGAGAAAUAGUGACCUAUGGAAAUUUCAACGAACACGUUACUCGUCAUCGGUUCUAAUGGCAGAUACCGUCCAUUUUUUGAGUUGCAUCGAUUCGGCCGAUUGCUAGGAUUAAUAUUCAGCAAAUUGUUGCGAGCCAAGCGCGUAAUAUUGCCGCUUCGAUUGCCUCCCUUUCCCGCCACUACCACUUUCACCUUUUUUAUCUUUCACGUUCACCAUCCCCAUAAUUAUCUUUCUCCCCUCUUAUUUUCUUUGCCGUCCUUCUCUGCUUUUUAGCUCCAACGUGCCGCUUUUAAUCGCCUCCUCGUAUUUCGCGCCCUUUUUUAAAGUUACAGGGACGCGUGGUGAUUCCGAGGACAAUUCUCUCUCUCUUUCCUAAUUCGCCGUGGUUUUUUAUCCAAUAUAGCCGUGGUACGGUUGAACACGGCUAUUCGAAAAAUUGUCUGUUGAAUGCUCGAUAAGCCGUGCGAAGAACACACGUAUUGCUCAAAAGUACAUACACGCAGUAUAAAUACCCACACAUUCUUAUCAACAACAAUAUGUAACUGUGUGUAUCUAUGCGCGAAUUUGUGUGUGUGUGUGUUGGUCGUUGCAUCGUUCAAAUAAAAAAAAGAAAACGUGCCUUUUUCAGCUUGCUCCUAGUUUUUCCUCGUUUUUAUACCAUCCGUUUUUCUACUCUACGAAAUAAUUACGAAGGUCUCCGGCCGGUAGUGAAUUUUAAGCAGGAUCGGAAUAUUUUACCGGAUGAACGAUAAAUUGGAUGUACAUAAAUCUUCGAUGAAGAGAUAUUCAGAAAUUUCUUUUUUCAUUUUUUCUUCUAAUAUUAUCGGAAUAUUUAAUGCAAGGAAAAGUGUUAAUACCGUUUAUACUUUUUAAGAGAAAUUUUAUGCGAAUCAGUUCUUUUCUUUCAUUUUCUACAUCAACUUUAAUAGGAUAGAAACAGAAAGAGAGAAAGAGAGAAGGAGAAAGAUGGGUUUUACGAGCUACUCGUCGCACAAACUUUUUUCAUAUCUCUGACAUUAUAUCGCGCUACCUAAAGUCCCACUCAACUAUACUAUUCCAUUGCUGUCUCUCUUUCGUUUUCUCUCUGUAUAAGCGUAGCAUAGUAGAUACAGAUACAUGAAACCAGGAAACCAUUCUCAGUUUCAUUUUGAGCUUUCAUUGUACAAUUUAGAAUAUACUUCAUCGAUGUAAAAAAGGGUUUGCUUUUCACAAGAUCAUGAAAGGGAUUCGAACUUCCGAGGGAAGCGAAAUUAUGACUCCCUUCGUUUUUGUUGUGGUGAAGCCGUUUAACACUGAAGAGUAAUAUAGGUGCAACUAGGACGACUCCUUUAUAUGGAAAGCAGCAUAUGGAAAUUUUCGCAGGUGUCGGUUUAUUGUCCCAUUCGCGAGUGAAACGACACACAGGGGAAUCAUCCCUCUAUAUACUUAUGCGAGAAGGGUUGCAACGCCGGGAGAUUUGUCACGGUACAUGCUCGCACGAACUCGAUUGGAUUAAAUUGUUCCGAUCUACCGUAACUUUAAACUCUAUCUCCCGCCAUCUCUCUCUCUCUCCCUCUCUUUUUGGACGAGUUUAACCGAUUUUAUUGAAGAAGAUUCUUUAGCAUCUUGCACAUAUGUUCAUAUUUUAUAAUACCAAUGAUUUAGUGUAUGAUUUUAAAUAAAAAUUUUUAAAACACCAAAACUUCUUAAUUUUCUUGGUUAUUCUCUUUUAUCGAGUGUAUCGAACCGCCUGACGGAGCUUAACCUCGGAAGCUUUACACGUCACCCUUUCGAAGUCUUCGAUAAUCUCGACAUAAUAAUCCGGCGGUCCCGGAGGCGAUACGAGUAAGCUCGUUCUGUACGUUGCUCUAGAAUGCAUAGAAAUGGGAAAUCUCGCGAUUCCUGGCAAUAAGAUCCGCGCGUGAUCGCCGAAGGAACUCGUAGAAUUGGCUGGAGACCAAGUCGUAGCUCGGUGUUACUUAUCACGUUUGCCAAGUUUCUUUUUCCUUGCUUCUAUUUCUUUUUCUUUCUUUUUCUGUUUUCGAUUCAUCUCUCUCUCUCUCUCUCUCUCUCUCUCUCUCUCUCUCUCUCUCUCUCUCAUAAAUGCAUCAAGUACGACGAUCGUGAUAGGUAUCUCGUUUUACACUGAAUAAUUCACGAUCUUUUUUAACAAAAAAGCAAAAUGCAGUGUGACAGUCGGUAGAGUAAUACUAUAAAAGAUUUUUCUCUAUUUUCACUCCAUAAAGAUUACAUUUAAAAAGUGCGAUAAUCUCGUAUGCAUUUUGUUCGUAUUUACUUUCCUAGAAAAAGAAGAAAAGAGAUUAAAGAUAGCGCUCGAAUCCUUCUUCCAUCAAAUCCUAAGCUGAAAACAUACUCGACUUUCCAGUGCUAAUACUCUCGAAUAAUUCAAGUCGACGUUUUUUGUUAAUUUCAAUUGUGAACUAUUUUUCAUUAAAUGAAUGGUGGUGCAGGAUAUAAAUCGAUUUCACUUUCGAGCUUUAACGAAGAGUUCUUUACUAUUUUUUUGUACUAUAUGAGAUUUUUCUGUGGAUGUGAGAGUUGCGUGGAAAAAGAAUAGGAAUGAUUUGUCCUUUUUUCUUUCUCUUUUUCCUUUUUAUUCAUUCACAUUCGAUGAAAGCCUUUAGAUGGGUGAUUCGCUUGUUUCGAGAAUUACGAGCAUUGUGUUAGGCGAAAGCAUUGAAGUAAUAAUGCAUUAUGUGCAUUGCUUGAAUAUUUCCAUGCAUCUAUGUGCGUAUGUGUGUAUGUGAAUUUUUAUUUAUAUUGGUUUUUCCUAAACGUACGUAUGUACGUUUGGAGAAGAGAAUGUUAUUUUCGGGAUUAAGUCAAAAAGUUACAACUAUGAAGGCUGCGUCUGCGCUUGAAAUCACGUUGGAAUGCUUUGACCGCGAGAGCUUUCGAGCUUUUCGUGGUGCUUGCUUACUGUGGUUUCCCUGUAUCAACUUUUACUCUUUCACCGAUUCGUAUGUACGAUUCAAGAGCUUCCUUUGUCAUUUUAAUACCUUUCGAUGUUAUUUGUUACGGCAAUGAAAAGUCAAUGGUUUAUUUUCCAAGGAAUUCAUGAUUUAAGAUUUACGUGAGAAUAUUUUAUUGAUUGUAGAUAAAAAAUAUAGAUUAUUCCGCAUUUGAUUUUAAACUUGUGAAUAUUAAAUUUCAAAGGUUGUUAGGAACUUUUGAAAAGAAAAUUAAAUUUACUUUUGUUAUUUGUUGCAAUGAAAGUGUAAUGUAUCUGUCUGUUACGUUUUGUUGAGAUUUUUCUUAAAAACAGAAUAGGAUCAUAUCUCGAGACUUUACUCUUCGCCUACCGAAACGACCGCCUGGAAGAAGAUUUUGAGUUUUUCGGCCCGCUCGCAGAAUUAAGCGCCUUGCGGUAUUUUUGUUCCAUGUCUUGUAUACCAUGUUUUCUCGUAAACUCAACCCUUCUUUCUUCUUUAGUCGUCGACUUCGCGUUUCCUUACAAUUACCUUUCGCAUCAUCCUCUUAUACAUAAGAGAAAAUCAUUUAAUGUCGUUUCUACUUUUUUCUUUCCUUAUUCUCUCUUUUUUCUCACUCGUUUGUCUUUUAUCCUUUACCGAUUUUCUUUAUCACUUUGCGUUCGUAUUCGACGAUAGGGUGCAUGGCAAUGCAUAUUUCAUAACCUAUAGAGUUCAUUGUUCCGUCAGUGGUAGCUUCUAUUUCUUUGCUUCAUCCUUUUCCACCCUUUAUACUCUGUCGACUUACCACUUUUAUCGUCAAUACUGCCUUUUAUACAAGCAACUUCUUCGAUAGAAUAUGACAGUUUAACUUGCUGGAAAGCACCAACCCAAUCUUCAUCCUUCGAUCUCAUUUCACUCUACACUUUAUGUCUAGUAUCUCCUUUCAAAAAUACCAUUCUCGAUUUCCUCUAACAAUUUGAAUCCAAUGAAUUCUCAAGCAAGGUCUCUCUUUUUUGAUUUUCCUUAAAGCAACAGCUGCCGGUUCUUUAAUUUUUAAGCGACUAUCCUUUUAUAUUUGUUCAUAUUAAUACUUUCCGUGCCAGGCCGAUAUUUGAUAUUUUUUCGUUUAGGCCUCGUGGUUCGCAUGCACCUCAUGUUAUCAUGAUAAAAAUUUUGAUUUCUGACAUAUGUUUUACAAUAUUUAUAAUAGUGCAAAAAAUAAUCCUCAUGCUGUUUAAGGCUAAACGUCUCACGAUAUGAUAAACGCAUUAUAGAUGUUAUUCAAUUGUCGAAAUAUGAUUUUAGAACAAAUUUUUUCAAAAAUUUGCAUUCUCGGUGAAAAUACCAAACGGUUUAAAUGAUGACUUGUUAAUCACAUCAUAUAAAAGACGAGACAGAGCGAUUGUUUUUACAUAAAAUCAUACACUGUGGAAUUAAUCCAGUAAAAUAAAUUGCAAAGAGAUAAAGAAAGAGAAAGAGAAAGAGAAAGAGAAAGAGAAAGAGAAAGAGAAAGAGAAAGAGAAAGAGAAAGAGAAAGAGAAAGAGAGAGAGAGAGAGAGAGAGAGAGAAUGAAAGAAAAAAAGAAUAUUUAGUAUCAAUACAAAUGUACAAUUCAGAAUUGGUCAAAGAAUUACGAUGGUUUGUGCACGUUCAAGCUAAUUAUAAUGUCCGUUUAUGUAAAAGAACGUCAGUGGUUUGUUUUCUACUCUAAUUAACUUGUAAUAAUUACCGUGGUGGAAAGUAGCAAAUGGGAACAAAUUUAACAUUAUAUAAAUCGUAGUCGUUAACUUGUGAUGCUCGACUUCUCAUUAUUACAGAACACGAAUCAGAUUGUCGUGUAUUUCAAUAUAGCUAAAUCUUCGAUGACACGUUCAUAGGUCGUUGCUCUUUGCACCGUUCAAAGAACAAUAUCGAGAUGCGUUUUUUCCCUUCGUCGUAUAAAUAUCGUCCAUAACGCAGCGGCGUUUAAUUAUUAACUUACCAAAGUGUCUAGAAUUUUCAAUAUUUUCUAUAACAAUCCUUGUAGAUGUAAGUGAGAUGAAAUCAAGUAAAAAUUUAAUAUGAAAUCUACCUGAUAUUUUAAAAUUUAAAUUAAAUAUUUUACCUGUAAGAUUUUGAUUUAAUUAAGCAUUAUAUAUGUAAAUUUAAAACGAUCAAGUUCUUUUAAUCGUGUUAAAUUAUCGUCAUGAAAAAUACGGGACAAGAAAAAUUGCUCGUUGUUUGUCGAAUUCGACACGAUGAACUCGCUUUUGUGGAUUCGGUUCGUGCUACGACGGUAGAAGUUAAUUGCAAGGAAAUACGAUAAAGCGGACGGAAAGCAUUUCGUCGAGCCGCUUGAAAAUUUAUGCGAAAUUCAGCGAUCCGUUUAAGAGUGGGUACCUAAAAGGUUACUCCGGGAACAGGGGAAGCUACGAGUGUUUCGAAAUAAACGACAACGUGCCGCAUAUUUUACAAAUUCCGAUUACCACUGCGCACUGGCACGAACUGCUGCUAUAUCCUCUUAUUCCUGGAAUUCUUCUAAAGUUAUUCAACUUGAAAAGAAUAUAAACGUAGCUAUAUUCCACUCACUCUCCAUAUUCAGAUAAUACAAUGUUAUCACUUUCUUUUUUCUUUUAUCGAUUCUGAGUGACUGGUAUAAAUCUAAAAAAAAUCAUUUUUUCAAAAAAUCAUUCUAAUCAUUCUAUACACUACAAU